ACAAGUAACCACCAACAAUCACUGAUAAUAUUUUGUAAAAACGGAUGAUUCAAGCAUAGCUGGGAAAGAAGAGCUCUUUGGAUACUCCAAUGCAGUAGCUGUGUAUCAUAUUUUAUAAACUUGGGAGCAAGGAGCAGAGAGAUGAAUGAAAGAAACUGGUGCCCAGUAUGGUAUACUAAACUAAGUGAUUGAUCAUUUGACGUGGGUUGUUCACGAUACAGUUAUUGAACUACAGCAGAUGAAGGGAUUCGUUUAGCACAUGUCCCACGUGGUCCCAUACAACCAACCAAAGACUUUAUUUGGUAAAGGGCUUUUCUUCUUUCUUUUGACCUUUUAACGAGAUCUGAAUGAAUGAGUGGAUGGGGUCAGAUAUAAAUGUGUUGGGGCAGCUCCAGAUGCCUGUCAGUGAUGGCUUUUCUUUGUCUGAAAACUCCCAGUUCUUUGAUUUGCUGACAGAACAAAACAGUCCUCUGAUGCAUGAUCCAGAUGUGCUGUCCUUCCCCAACUAUCCCAGCAUGCACUUCUCUCCCGUACAGCCACCCACAGCCUCACCACCUUACUACUCCAACCACAGCUACUACCCGCAGUACCCUGAAGAGUGGUACUCCACAUCUGGAGUUUAUGAACUGAGGAAACUGCCCUUUGAGAACAGAUGUGAAAAGGGGAUAGAAGAACGGAUUACACGUGUGUGCAAGAGGUCAAGAGAGGGACUUCAUGCAGGGCAGAUAAACGGGGAUGAAAUCUGUGUAGUUUGUGGGGACAAGGCCUCUGGAUACCAUUACAAUGCACUUACUUGUGAGGGAUGCAAAGGUUUCUUCAGAAGGAGUAUCACAAAAAAUGCGAUGUACAAAUGUAAGAAUGGCGGGAACUGUGAGAUGGACAUGUACAUGAGGAGGAAGUGCCAGGAGUGUCGACUCAGGAAGUGCAAGGAGAUGGGAAUGCUCUCAGAAUGUUUGUUAACAGAGAUACAGUGCAAGUCAAAGAGACUAAGAAAAAAUACCAAGCUGUCAUCUGAUGAGUGCAUCAGGGAAGAGACUGAUGGUGCUGAUGCCAAGCAGGUCACAUCCACAACAAAACCUUCAAAGAAGGUUGAACUCACCCAGGAACAGUUAAGCCUCCUCAAUUACAUCCUUGAUGCCUACAACAAGUAUCGCAUUCCGCUAGACAUGACCAAGAGCCUUCUUCAAGAGCAAUUCACUGCUGAUGAAAACUUUAUUUUACUCACUGAAAUGGCUACAAGUCAUGUGCAAGUACUGGUGGAAUUUACAAAAAGGCUUCCAGGAUUCCAGUCUCUGGACCACGAGGACCAGAUUGCUUUGCUAAAGGGCUCCGCAGUAGAAGCAAUGUUCCUUCGAUCUGCACAGAUACUUACCAGGAAGCUGCCGCAUGGGCACAGUGAGGUGCUGGAGGACAGGAUUCGGAAGAGUGGUAUAUCAGAUGAAUACAUCACCCCAAUGUUCAAUUUCUACAAAAGCAUUGGAGAGUUGCAGAUGACUCAGGAAGAGCAUGCUCUUCUAACAGCCAUAACUGUCCUGAGUCCAGAUCGUCCAUUUGUGAAGGAUGUAUUGUCUGUAGAAAGACUUCAGGAGCCUAUGCUUGAAGUUCUACACACCUUCUGCAAGCUGCACCACCCACAUGAUCCCCAGCACUUUGCCCGUCUACUGGGACGCCUGACUGAGCUACGGACAUUAAACCACCACCAUGCAGAAAUGCUGAUGUCAUGGAGAAUGAAUGACCACAAGUUUACACCCCUCCUCUGUGAAAUCUGGGACAUGCAGUGAAGUCUGCAGGACCUCUAUUUCCUUAAUUGUCUGUAUGAUCUUCAAUUAUUUCUUGAAACCACUGCUAUCUUACUGUUAUCCUCAUACUGGGCCAAACAUGAAUAUUUUCUGGUAUGAACAGCAGAAAAGUACACAUUUUAAAUUAAAAGAGCUCCCCUUUCUCCCCAUAUGUCAGCCUAUAUGCAGUAGCUUUAAAACAUAAAAAAACUGUGCAUUCAUAACAUAAUAGAAAAUCCAGUGUUUCACUGGAGGGGAUGGUAGCGAACCCUGUUUUAACCAAAUCAGAACUGUCAUUCCAUUAGCACCCCCUUCUGGAACAAACACAAAACUGCAGUUCCUACUCUGAUGGACAAAUACAACCUGUGAAGGACAUUGAAAAUAUAGCAAGGCAAAACUGAACUGCAAUAUAGCUCACUAAUGUAUGGCAUGCUGUGUGGUCAGUCUUCCUAACUUAUUAUUGUAGCAAUAAUUUUUAAUGUAAAGCCACAUAACAGAACUGUAUAUAUAUAUAUAUAUAUA